UCAUUUCAGGGAAGCUUUUCGAAGAAUCGUUCCCACACGGCUCAAAAUAUGGAACACGACAAAACGGACGAAGUGGUGCCGGACAGAGUGGCUCAGACUUUCGCUGGUCAGAAGAUAAUGUUGACCGGCGGCACGGGAUUUUUAGGAAAAGUAUUAAUCGAAAAGUUUCUGCGAUGUUUGCCCGACAUAUCGCACAUUUACAUGCUCAUCAGAUCGAAGAAGGGCAAGGACUGCAAGCACCGUUUGGACGAGAUGUUCAACUCUCCGCUUUUCGACAAAGUCAAGACGCAAAGGGGACUGCCGGAGCUCGAGAAAGUGAUAACGGCCGUUAAUGGGGAUGUGUUAUUGCCAGGACUUGGAUUAUCCCCGGAGGAUAGAAAGAUGCUCAUCGAGAACGUUAAUAUCAUGAUUCACGCAGCGGCUACCGUCAGGUACUGAUAACAAGAGGAAAUAAAAAAAUCACUAUCUUUAGUUCAACAUUGUGACAUUUUUAGCGAGAUUUGGUGAAACUACAAAUUUAAAGAAUAAUUUCUUAAAUGAGAAUGCAGUUUUAGAAAUGUAAUGAAUGAAAUGGCAAUGUUGGCAGCACAUAAGUAAUUUGCGAACAAAUUGUGACAGAUUGGCGUCAACUAUGUUCAAUAUUAAGUACAUAUUCUGCCAGCCGGUACUUGUCGACGUAAUCUGAUAGUAGAUUGUCAGCAGAAAGCAAGCAGGAUCCGUAAUUUCGUAAUCGUUUAAAUGGAAUGUAUUAUUUAAGUAGUUAUGAAAUAACAGAUCCUAUUUGAUUUCUGCAAUCAUUUCGCAGAUGUUAACACGCAAAUGUUAAUAUGGUAACUGGCAGAAUAAAUCUUCAAUUUUGUUGAGGAUUCUCCGAAAUCUCGUUUCGAUCGAUUUGGCUAUCAGAUAAUCAUGUUUUCUUUCAAAAAUAUU